GUGUUGCAGAUCCUCGUACCAGUCUGGAGGGGGGUAUAAAAGCACUGCGUUUCCUCCAGGUUCACCAACAACUUCUCUUCAGUCUCAUUUUCUCUGUGAGCCCGGUUUAUCUACAUCACAAAAGAUGUCUUCUGGAGGACAGCUCGUGAGCAGUAGAUGCUACCCACCCUGCGAGGUGACCUGCCCACAGCCAUACGCUGAUGCCUGGAAUGAGCCCUGUGUCACCUCCUGUGGGGACUCCCGUGCAGUGGUCUAUGCACCACCCGUGGUCGUCACCUUCCCAGGGCCCAUCCUCAGCUCGUGCCCUCAGGAGAGCAUCGUGGGCACUGCCUUCCCAUCACCCAUUGGCGGGUUUCAUGGAGCAUCAGGCUCUCUAGAAGGAGGUUCCUACGGAGGCUUUGGCUCAUCAGGGAUGGGUGGCUCGUACGGUGGGGGCAGUUCCUUGGGAAUUGGAGGCUCGUAUGGAGGAGGUAGUUCAUUUGGCUCUGGGGGCUCCUACGGAGGUGGCAGUUCCCUGGGAGUGGGAGGCUCCUAUGGAGGAGGUAGCUCGUUUGGCUCUGGGGGCUUGUAUGGAGGAAGCAGGUCAUUUGGGGGCUCAGGUGGAGGCAGAAGAUCCUUUAGUUCCCGCUCAUAUGGUGGGGGCUUUGGGAGCUCCUUCGGAGGAGGCAGCUCCUGUGGUUACCGGCGGUUUGGUGGAGGAAGCUGUGGCUACGGUUAUUUCUGAAGAGGCGACACCUCCCGCUCCGGCAGCCCUGGGCUGUGCUAACCUCGCAGGGGAAGCUGCAACCUGGUGAUGUCCAAGCCAUCGGCUUUGCUGGCACACGUGGAGCUGCAUUGCUUCCCCAAGCCUUGGGAAAUGUCCUUUGUGUUCUGCGUUCCUGUCCUCCCCAAAUGUAUCCUGACUUUUCCUUUCAUUAAACCUACA